AUGCAAACCAAGAUCACUGCCAGCUUUUUUGCCCAUCCUGCCACCCUUAACGAAGGAUACGGCCCUGAUGUCGCAUUUGCGACGCUAAAGGGCAAGGUUGUCCGUGCCGAGGACAUAAAAGUCGGCAUGGCGCUGCUUGGUCCCGAUGGAACUGAGCGCAUUGUGGAGUCAAUUUGGUCAGGAACCCGGCCGAUGUAUAAGGUUGAGAGUAUCAGGCGUCAGAAGUAUUACGGAUUCAAGGUCAGCGGUGACGGGCAAAUUCUGCUUUCUGAUUUCGUUGUCGUCAAGAACUAG